AUGGCAUUUGCUGAUCAAGUCACAAUGCUUCCCCUACGCGUCUUGUUUGGAGUCACGUUGGCUUUGGCCAGCCCUGAUUGUGAAGUGGGUUGGGGAUACGAAGGACGAGGAGAACCAUCGAGUACCAACAUCAAGAGUUUUAAAGAUUGCCAAGCGUCCUGUCAUGAUCAUGAUCAAUGUGCUCAUUUCACCUAUGACUAUGAGACACAAGAAUGCUGGUUGCUGGGCAAAGAGGCAAAACUUUCAUCAGAGGUCAGCAGUAUCUCUGGAGCAAUGCAGUGCCAACUGCCCAAGUACGACCGUGUGACGGAGACAGAGGAGCAAAGGAACAAGCGCAUCCAUCGGAUGGUGGCCUCGAUGGCUGGCAACGUGGCAAAGAGGAGCAAAGACAAAGUGGUGAUUGGCGUCGCCAAACACAUGGAAUACGCUGCACGGGAUGGCUAUUUGGCUCAGGAGAAAUAUAACAACCUUGUGGUGGUCCUCAAUGCCGCUAUCGCAGACAUGGACAGUGAGAGUAUUGGAAAAGCGACUUCGUCUGGUCAUCAGGUCCUAACACGAGAUGAUUUGAAUUGGCUCUUGGGUCACAUGGAGGGCAUCAAGGGUCCACCACCUCGUCCUGACGAGAUGCAUACUCCGGACACUGACACUGACUCAAAGUCUGCCUCAGGAACAGGAGGUCUGCACAGUGCUGGCGAGCCGUGGACCAACGCCGAGGUGAAGUACUGCUAUGACAAGUACAUAUCUCUCAGUGCAAAAAAUGCCGUGGACUGCGCUAUAGGAAAGAUUCGAGAAGAACUCCCGGGCAUUCACUUUACAAAUGUUGGCUACAAAGGUCGUGGUGCUUGCAACACUCAUCCCGCCAUUUUCAUUCAGUCCAGGGAUUCCGGCUGUUGGUCAAACAUUGGCAUGCAAACUUCUGAGCUGAUGACAAUGAUGGGUUUGACAGGGAAUCAGAAGCUGAACCUGCAAGUCCCGGGUUGCAACGAUUGUGGCACUGCGAUUCACGAGAUGCUUCACAGCAUGGGCAUGGCUCCUGAGCUCACCCGACCAGAUCGCGGGAGCUUCGUGGAGAUCCAGUGGGCCAAUGUGAAGAGUUCGGAAUUUUCGCAGUUUACCAAGAAUCCACAUGCCGACACCAGCCUUGACUAUGAUAUUAUGUCAAUCAUGCACUUUGGAAAGUUUGCCUUUAGUGCCACGGGCAAAGAAACCAUUGUGGUGAAAGAUGCCGGCUAUCACCUCUACACCAGCAAUCCGGAUGAAUAUCAUUUAUAUGUCAUUGGCCAACGAAACAUGAUGACCAAAAAUGAUGUCCUUCAACUGGCGAAGAUGUACGGUUGCACCAGCAAGACCAGCUGUGGCAUCAGAUCCACUGAGCCACCAACCACCGAAGAGAGAGUUGCUAAGCUGUGCGUUGCAAGAUGAAAGCCAUGAUCCUGGGCAUGUGCAUUUUGUCCCACAAAACACAGUGUUUUUUGAUGUUUGGACACGUGGUGGGCGUUGGCACGGGCAAGAGUGAGCAGCAAUGCCAGCCGCUUCAGGGCGAGGUGUAUUAUCAAGAAGGCUUCUUUAACAUGGCUGGAAAUCAAAGUGCAGUCUAUGUGAUUUGUGGUGCUGUUGCUGUGCUUGUGAUCACCGUUGCGCUGGUUUGUUGCUUCUGCAACCGCAGUCAGAAGAAGAGUGAGGAAACAAGGCCAAUGUUGGGAGGGCCGUGAGCUCCAACCUACACCGCAUGAGCGUUAGAAGUGAUCGAGAUGUCGUCGUUUCGCAUGACGUGCAGAGACGUUCAGGAGAAUACCUGGUAUGCGAGCGAUAAGUGUUUCACCCAUUUUUGCUUAGAAAGAUGUCUGGAAUCAGGAAGACUUGUUUGCCCUGCCGAACAAAAAGAAAUUGCU